AUGGAUUAUUUAAAUAAGUUUAAGUCGACUGUUAGUUCAGUGGCAGCUCAGGUAACACAAGCUUUGCCUGGAAAUCCAAUAUUUCGAGAAUAUGAUGUUCAAGGCCAGAUUGCGACCGCCGGGCCUGGGUUAUGCUGGAAAAUAUUCGCUGGCACAAAGAAUAGCACAAAACAGGUAUGUUUGUAUUGUGGUGUCUUUCUCAGUAGGACCACAUUGUUUUAUUGAUGUUAUUUUGUGUUUAGGCAGUCGCAAUCUGGUUAUUUGAGAAGAAAACUGUAGAUAAAUGGCCAAAACUAGACAAAGAAGCGUUUGCCGAGUUGUUGAAGAAAGGUGUGAGUCAACUAACAAGACUACGACAUCCUCGGCUUCUAGUUGUAGAAAGGGUUUUAGAAGAAAGUCGAGAUAACAUUGCUUUCUGCACCGAACCUAUAUUCUCUUCUCUGUCUAACUUGUGUGGGGAUACCGAGAAUUUAAAUGAAAGGCCAGAUCACUUAGAGAAUUUUAUUUUUGAGAAUAUUGAAGUAGAACACGGGUUGUUUCAGGUAAAGUUUUAUAGCACAAUAUUGUCAAGUUUUACGUUAAGGUCUAGAUGAUAUUUUUCAAAUAUAGCUUGAACUGAACAUUCAUGUUAUUAAACGUUACUUUUUUCAAAUGUGAUAAGUGAUUUGGUUUUAGCUCUCAGAAGCCUUGACAUUUCUUCAUAACGACGCAAAGAUACUUCAUCGUAAUUUAUGUCCUAACUCUGUCAUAAUUAACGCUAAAGGUGCUUGGAAGUUGGCCGGGUUUGAUUUCUGUAUAAACGGUGUAUCAGACGGGCAGGGUAAAGUUGUAUGUGAGCCUUUCGAGUGGAACAGAAGCCUGAAUUCAGCUUUUCUACCGAAUCUAGACUUUGCUUCACCUGAGACUGUGAAUGGUAUGAAAUUUGAUCAAAGUGCUGAUAUUUUUUCAUUUGGAUUGUUAGCGGCGACAGUAUUUAACAAGAAUAAAAGCGUUAUUAAAUCACGAGGGAAUAUGGACACUUACAAGAAGGACAUUGACAAGGUAAGUAUAAGAAUUAUUGCUUUUUUUGAUAAUUUAGGUAUAAAAUCUUAUUGUUUUUAAGGUUUUUAAAAGCCAUAAACGGUGCUUUUUUUGUAAAAAGUUUAUUUUUUCUAUUUUAGCUCAGUGGAACUCCUUAUUGGCUAUCGAACGUUCCAGAAGUCUACAAAGAUGAUUUGAAAAGUUGUCUCAAUAUAAACCAACAACUUCGACCAGACACUUUUCAACUUUCAAAGGUAACUUUGUUAAGUGCUCAUUACAUUUAAUACUAAAACCGAAGAAUUAAAUUUAGUGACAAUAUUGUUUUAGUCCCGAUUGUUCGAACACGCGUCUUUGAAGACCUUAAACUACCUAGAGUCGUUGAUGCAGAUGGAUAACGCUCAGAAGAUGACAUUCUUCAAAGGCCUUCCUAAUGUGCUUAUCAGUUUUUCAAAAAGACCGCUUGUCCAAAAAGUUCUCCCAUGUCUUUCAGAACAAUUUGGUACUGUUGAAUUGGUACCCUUUAUCUUACCGAGUGUGUUUUAUAUUAGUCAACAAGUUAGUGAUAAAGAGUUUGCUGAUACCAUAUUACCUUGUCUUAUUCCGGUGUUUCAAAUGCAACGACCAUAUCAAGUAAGACAUUGUUGAUUAUCGCCUUAAAUUUACUUUUGUUUGAUCAUGUUUUAGAUAGGAUUUACGUUAUCUUAUAUAUAUUUUAACGGUUGCCAAGUUCUAAGCGAUCUAAUGAUAGAAGUGUUUAUAAAGUUCUUUCCAGAUUGUAUUACUACUUCUACAACAAAUGCCAUUACUUUUGCAAAAGACACCAGAAGCCGAGGUCAAGAAACAUGUGUUGCCUAUGAUAUAUAACUCAUUAUCUAAUGACAAUCCACGAAUUCAGGUAUGGAAUUGCAUUUGUUGACUAUAUUGUUUACGAAAACAUGUUUACUAUAUUUAUUACCUAUUUUAUUCAAAUUUAAUUAAUAUUGUUUAGGAAUUGUGUUUGUCAAUUGUACCAACGAUAGGAAAACUGGUCGAUCGAGAUGCGAUGAGAGCCAAUUUGUUACCUAAACUGCUGAAGUUGAUAUUGGAAGGCAGCGUUUUGGCGGUGAGUUUCUUUGAUUUAGUUAACUUUCAAAUUGAAAAUAUUUUUCGAAGCGACUGGUCAAUCUUUUGAAUACUGAAAAAGGAUGUUAUGCUUAGUUUUGCAUCAAAAUAUUAUGUAGUUUAGUUAAAAAAAUAAUUCUAGGAUAACGUUUUUUUACUCUGCUACCAUAGUACACUGUUGCUCUUUACCAUAGUAUAUUCUAAAAGUGCCAAAGUUAAUAGCUGGUUGCCUAAGGCAACACCAAUUCUAAUUAUAAGAAAGUUUGCAAAAUAGGUGUACUUACUCAUUUUAAUGUCAACCCUUUUGUAAGCCAGCCCAUGACCGGGGUUGUGACAUUUGAGGGGGUCUGAGGCCACAUCAUGAUCGUAUCUGGCCAUAGUCUGGCGGUCGUGACUCAGGCUACAGUAUCCACAGGAUUUUCUGCAAACCCUAAAGGCAAAGGGCACAUUGCCACAAUGGUAGCGUUUAUACUGUGGAUUACUCCAAAAUCCCAAUCUAAAUGCGGCGGGGAUUUAAGAGGUCAGCUUUAAUAUCGUUUUAAUAGCGAACAGUUGUGUGUACGUUAAUAACUGCCCAUAGUAUUUAACAUUAACUACGUUGAUAUAAAAAAUAAUAUUAGAGUGGUAGAGGUAAGAAUAAUGUUAAGCAUGGUGGAGAAGCACAAAGGUUAAGUACAUUGUGACGUGAACGUUGUAUCAUUACAUACCACAAAUACGAACACUGAUAUGUUAAUACCUUUUGACGAAUGAUUCACACCACUGGUCGGGUCUUCUGUCCAGACAAAACUUUUCCGAAGACAUCAGGGCAUUGUCAACAUUGGUACUGUAGUCCAAGAAGUAUCCCGAGCUUUGGCUGUUGUCGAAACUUAAAUUAAGCUUUAUGUACAGAUCUAUGAAAUUAUUUUAUACCUAAAGGGUUAACUUUUCGACAGAAUAAUGUUGUUUGUUUGAGAUUUGGUUUCAAAAUUAGUUUAAAAUUAGUUCGAAAUUAAUUAAAAAUUAAUUUUGCGAAAUUACCAUGUUCUACAACAUUGAAUGAGCGCGAAAUCCGGAUUAUUGAGGCAUUUGUCGAGGAAAUUGGCUUUGUUCUUGAGUUUUAUUUUGGUGCACACUCGCUCGGUAAUCCUAUCAAAACAGCACGGCGUUUGGCCUAUUAUUGGCCCUUUACCGCCGUAAAAACCCGAAUCUAAAUUACAAUUAAUUAGCUAAUUCGAAGUGAGUAAACAAUACUAAUACGACUUUACUUUUAGCUAAACUGUUCGAAAUUUAAAGUCUUUAAAGCCACUUUUACAACAAAUCGACCACAAUCGGCGUCACUUAUAUCUAGUGAAUUUUGUUAUAAACGCCGUUUUAAUUUCUUUUAUGAUAUCUACUGUAGUCAGUAGUUUACAGUCCCUACUGUGGUGAUACUCGGAAGUAAGAUACCAAAGAUUUCAAAAACAAUUUUACGAUCAAAAUACUAACAACACACGUGUGUCGCCACUUUCUGCAGCUUAAAGCAUUUUAAAACAGCUAAAUUGGGCGGUUGAGGUAAUGGGUUCAUGUGAACAUUAAUGUGUAAUAGCUGUGUGUAAAAAUAGGUAUAUAUUACAUCUUUUUCAAACAUUUGAGAGCUACAAUUGUAAAUGACAUGACAAUUUCUGUAAACGUUCAUGACACAGUAAAUGAAAUCUCACGGAAAUGCAAAAGUAAUGACAUGACAAAGCAAAAUAUUGUUAUGCAAAUUAAGCAAAACACCUUGACAUUAACAAUGACCCACCUGAAUAGCAAACUCCAAACACAAGGAACAGAGAGGCCAAAAACAUUGUGAUUACGUUCGAUUCUGUAAUUAGAGUAAUUUAUUAAAUGUUUGAGCACGCCUAACCACUUGAUCGCGGUUCGUUACAGAUUCGGGUACAGACCUUGAUAUGUUUGUCCAAACUGCUCCCGACCUUGGAACCUUGGAUGGUGAACGACCAGAUCCUGCCAGCUCUUCCCAAGAUCAACAGCAAAGAGCCUGGCGUACUGAUGGCAGUACUAGGCAUCUACAAGUUGACAUUUGAAAGUGAAAAGUUUGGAGUGACAAAAGAAUUGUGUGCCAAGAGUGUUCUGCCAUUCCUUAUAUCCACCAUGGUCGAGAACACUUUGAACUUGAGUCAGUUCGAACAGUACGUAGCACUGACCAAGGUUAUGUUGAAAAAGGUGGAAGGAGAACAACGAACUCGGCUUGAGCAGUUAAGUGCUGGACAGGAGGAACAACGGUAUGUUAGUUUAUUAGAACAUUGUAGUGUAAGCUACAAUAAUGUUUAGUUUAUUACGGUGGAUUUAUAGUGAUUUCUGUUCAAAUUGUUUUGUUCUUGUUUUCGAUUGCAUUACAGUAGCUGUUUUUGUAAGAUAACACGCAAUCUCAAACGUUUUAAUAAUGUCAUAUUUCACAUUUUCAAAGUUUCGUUAAUUAGUAAAUGUAAAAGUCCGAGUUUUUCUGUAACUACGUCCGGUUUUGGCCUUUUUUAGUAUUGUUUAUGCUUACAAAACUAUUUUCUUCAUGUCGUAAUACGUGCACAACAUGAUGAUUAAAAAUCUUUUUUGACAUACGACUUUACAAUAUAUCAUAGCUUAAAGUUUUAUGGUCGGACGUAACUUUGACGAAACGUAUGUUCAUAUACGAUCUUUUCAACUUUGCGUAUUUUCUGAAACUUUUACAAUCAAGCCUCGAACGUAGGGUAUUGUAGCCUUAUUUUCAUGUUUUAUUAUACUUAUCCGCUUAUUUACAGGAACAUCGGGGACUUCAAUGACAUCUUCAACAAGACGGAUUCGAUUAAACUGGAUGAUCUCGCCUCAACCUUCCCUAAACCCAAUAGCACUGUCAGCCGUCCUAAUCCAUCUCCUUCGCCAAUGUCUAAUCAUCAAACCACAAAACCGGAUGUUCACAUGGAUCUGUUCAGUGGCAAGAUGUCAACGUCUACUGUACAGCCGGCUGGCAACAUCACAGAGCCGAUGGGCAUGAAUAAACAGAAGAGUAAUGUCUUUGAUGGUCUGGAUGACUUUGAUCCUUUCAAAUCAACCAAAUCCUCAUUUUCAUCGACAAGCAGUACACCAUUCUCAUCAGGACCCUCAGCUAAUAUGUCUUCGUUCCCAGCCCCACCAGCGUCGAAUAACGCAUACCAGAACAGCUUCAUGCCACCUCCACCAAGCACUUCGAAUCCUGUCAAUAGAAUGAAUAAUAUGACAGCCUUUAAUGGCAACAACUCGAAGGCAGAUCCCUUCGCAGACCUUCUAUCUUCCAACAUUAACAGUCUAACCGGCAACAGAACUAACCCCAUGAUGAACAUGUCUGGUACUAACCCAUCGAUGGUCGGUAAUAACGUCCCAUUGGGAAUGUCCACAACCAAUCAGCCGAUGAUGAACAUCCCCGGUAGCCAAUUCAAGAGCAUGUCCAACCCUCCGAGCAUGAAUAACAUGACAAGUCAAAGCAAACCCCAAACUGACAACUUGUUGGACUUUCUGAACUAA